GCAGUUUUGCUGCCUAAAAAACAAAUACGGAAUUAAUUGUUUAUACAAUUAGCAAAAAAGCACUUAGCAGUUUCUGCUUUAUGUGAAUAAGUGCAUAUUGUUAUUGCUAACAAGUGGCAAGUGAAAAAGAUCUGCGCUUAAUCAAAAUUCCCAUUGGCAACUGCAUUUCGCAGCUGCCUUUUUUUUGUUGUGACACACGCACACAGUAACGUAUUUUUAUUCGAUUGUGUGCAUGUGUGUGAAUAGUUGGGAGAGCGCGCGCGGCAAAAAGUUUUCGCCAUUGUUAAUACGUGUGUGUUUGUGUGUGUGUGAUUAGUCAUUUUAGCCUGGCCUGGUCGUUGGUCUUGGCUUUUGUUUGUUAACCCGUAACAUUUGGAGCGAAUCAGCAGCAACCACAACUACAUAGACACAAAAAUAUACGAAGCCUCUGCUUAGGCAGUAUGACGAUUCCAUCGCGUCCAGCGCCUGCUCCGCCCGGCUCGAGAGCACAAAGCGCCGCAGCGGGUGCAAAUGCAAGUCUGGAGCAGCUGCGUCAGCAGUUGCAGCAACAGCACCUGCAGCAGCAGCAGGCUAGCAAUGGUGGCGGACUACAGAAGCUGACCAUAAAGCUGCCGCCGCCACCAAAGGGACAGCAGCAGCAGAGGAAUCGAACUAAUUGCAGCAAUAAUAACUUUUACGAUAUGGAGAGCAGCACUACGGCGGGAUCCAGCAUAACGCGCAAGUUUCCACAGGCACGGUAUACGCCUGCUACCAAUUGGAAUGAUGCACCCUUUGCUCCAAUCAAUGGCAAUGCGUGCAACAAGAAGAUGCCACCACCAAGACCGCCACCGCCCAAGGUCAAUGAAAGUAAAUUGACAGCACUGCGCAAUGCGAGCAGCAGCAGCUGCAGCGGCGGUGGCAGUGGUGGUGGUGGCAUCAUUAGCAAUAUAUUCCAUCGCAAGAAGCCAACUCCAACGGCAACGACCGCUGCUACCAAGGCCGCAGCGCAGAGUCGCGUCUACGGCCUGAGCAUCGGUCAUGCUGGAGCUGGAACAACAACACAGAGCAACAGCAGCAGCAGCAACUUUAACAGCAACGAUUGGAAUGCGGCAUGGAAUACUGCAAGCACAACGACCACGACCACAUUAACUUGCAGCCAAAGCGAGAAGACACAAGAUGCGCAGCUGAUUAGCUUCGAUUCGCCGCCCUCGUCGCCCACCUUCACUCAAAAGUCAAACAGCGACUGCGUCAGUGUGGACAGCUUCAGCUCCGACAGCAACUUUAGUUCGCCGCACAACGGCAGCGUCUCUCAGCCCGAGAGCGGAUUCGAGGAUGAUUAUCUGGCGCGUUCGCGACCCGCCACGCAAAGUCCACGUGUUGAUCCCUGGGAGGUGGUGGACAGCAGCAGCAUCUACAGCAACACGGUGGAUAGUUUUGGAGCAGCGCCUGUGCGUCAAAUGCAGCAGCUGUCCACACGCAACUCGGACAAUCCGCUGUGCAACGGCAAGAGUCUGCUGCCGCCAGCUCAGUCACUGACCAUGCCCACCAUCAUUAAGCCCAAGAUAUCGCAGAAGCCCAAGGCGCCCAAGCCGCCGCCAUUCAUAGGCCAGUCGGGUCAGCUAUCGUUUGCGUAUGGCGCCAGUACGCCACCUUCGCCGCCCAUGCCCAAGGUGGCGCCACCGCCGCUCGCAGCUGCUGGCAGCAUCUCGCUGCUGGAUGUGAUUGCUGGCAAAGUGGAUGCCAUGGCGUUGAGCAACGGCAGCACGGGCUAUGCUGAGGAAACUGAAGUGCCAUAUGCCAUUGCGCUCUACAACUUUGAUGGCGCCGAGGAGGGGGAUCUGACAUUUAGAGAGAGUGAAAAGAUCUACUUGCUGGAGCAGCCCACAGAGGAAUGGUAUCGCGGACGCACACGCUCCGGCUGUGUUGGGCUCUUUCCCGCCAACUAUGUGGAGAUCAAAGUGCCCUUGGGUCAGCAGCAACAACAGCAGGAGCCGCAACAGCAGCACCAACAGUUGCUCACGGGCCGCUGUCUUUACAAUUUCCCUGGCGAAGUUGAGGGUGAUUUGGGCUUAAGAGAAAACGAAGUUGUCACUCUGCUUUAUAGGAUCAAUGAGGAUUGGCUCUAUGGCGAGGUGGGCGGACGUCAGGGACAGUUUCCGGCAAAUUUCCUAGAACACGUGCCGGAUAAUCUAGCCACACUGUGAGCUCUCGAAAUAGGAACCAAGAAUUAGCAACUAGCAACUAUGUCUAUUGAAAUGUAUACAAGCAGCUUCAGCUUGUCGUGUUUAAACAGAUAAUCAGCAACUAAAAAUAUAUAUAUAGAAAUUAAAACAGGCAACUUAUGAUACAUAUUUACAAUACAUAUGAUAUACGAUUAAGUGCAGUCCUUAAGCAAUAUUUUUGAAAUGCAAUUUUACAGCGCGUAAAUCAAAAUCAAUAAGAGAAAUUGUUAAAAGCUUUUGUAAUAGUUCUAAAAAUUUGUUAAUACAAUUUACACCCUUAUAGUUCAUAAGAGAGAAUGAUUGUAAGCAGUUGUGUGUCUUCGCCUAAGUUUAUUGCGCUGUAAAAUAAUUUUUUUUUGUUUUUUUCCGAAUAUUUAUACAAGUUUACAUUUUUGAUUAUCGAUUGAUUAUACACCAAAACAAAUUGUAUUCUGUUUAAUUAGAUUUUAGUUAGGCACAUUUAUCAUUUCCAAAUUCUAUGUAUUACUACUUACUACGCAUGUGUGCUAUUCAGUUUAUAAGAUCCCUAUACGAUAAUAUACAUUUACUAUACUAUAUAGGAUUUAUACAUCUAUCUAUCAAAGCUACAAUGAACUGAAAUAAAUGAGUAAACUGAUCGAGAAU